AUGGGAAAUGACGCACAAAUACAGUUGCCAGGAAACUUAACAGAGGAUGGGGUCGUUCGCACAAACGAUUUGCACACUGUGAAUAGAACUGUAAAGACAUUAAAAUUUCAGGGACUGCUUUGGUCAUGUUCUUUAAAGAGGAUAUGUUUAUCAGCCCUUUGGCUUCCCCUGGGUGCUUUGAUAUUUUGCUACAUCACGGCAUCUUUAUUCCAGGCAGAUGAUAUUCACGAAACACACUGUAGGGUUUACAACGUAGUUCCAUCUAUAAGUGCUAUAACGGGGAUCAGUCCGCAGAGAUAUGUAUGGAGGAUAUGCAUCGCAUAUCAUUUAGGACCAAGACUUUUGAUAGGUUCCCUUUAUUACAACUAUCAUAAAGACCGGACUUCACUUAUAGUUGAAGAAAAAGCGCGAGUUUUAGCCAUCAAGUUAGGAGAUGCAUGUUAUUGGUUAAAUAUGAUAGAGCUACUAGCUUUAACUGGAGUCACAUAUGUUUCGAACAGGGAAAAUUAUUUUGCACAUGAAAAAAUAUUUAUAAUAUUUAUGGUGGCAUCUCUUCUUCAUAUGUUGUGUCGAGCGCGCGUCGGUUGUAUAGCCAGUGACGUUGUGGAGCCGGUCAGGACCAAUAGAAUUGUAUGGAUAUUAUUUUUUGUAUCUAUAUUAGCUACUCUUGGGCUUAUAAUAUUUUUUCUAAGACACCGUUUGCUCUGUAGGCCGUUAGCGUUUACUUGGUUUUCGAUCUGCGAGUACAUUCUAGCCACAAUAAAUAUGACGUUUCACGCCAUCGUUGUACGCGAUCUACCAACUCACGAACUGCAAGUUGUAUUUCCCACACAUGUAAAGACCAAUUAA